UCUUUGCAUCGGGGACCCUCCCCGCCAGCGAUCCAUAUCCACCCUCGCGCGCCCCGGCCAAAGCCAGAGGAGGAGAGGCGGCCAAGGCAGCGAGCGCGCUGCAGACCCCGCCUCCUUGGGCUUUGCGCAAAGGCGCCGGACAGUUGCCCCGGCAGGAGCGCGCAGGGUCGUUUCCCCUCGUGCUUUCUCUUGUCGAAGGAAGGAAGGAGCGGCACCGCCGGCUCGGGAAAAGGCAGCCGAAGAGGAAAGCGAAGAGGGGGCGACUCCGUGAAACGUGCCUCGUCUGUCUUUCUUUGCCCUGCGCUUCCAUGUCAUGAGCUGCAGGACGUGAGCGCCCCGAGGAAGCAGCGGCCGUGCGGAAGAAAAUGUCAGUCAGCAUGCAUGAGAAUCGCAAGUCCAGAGCCAGCACUGGCUCCAUAAAUAUAUAUUUAUUCCAUAAAUCUUCAUAUGCUGAUAGUGUCCUUACUCAUCUAAACCUUCUGCGCCAGCAACGUCUUUUUACAGAUGUGCUUCUUCAUGCUGGAAACAAGUCAUUCCCUUGCCAUAGAGCUGUCCUAGCAGCUUGCAGCCGGUAUUUUGAAGCAAUGUUCAGUGGAGGACUCAAAGAAAGCCAAGCAAGUGAGGUCAACUUCCAUAAUUCUAUCCACCCAGAGGUUCUUGAACUUCUCCUGGACUAUGCUUAUUCCUCCAGGGUCAUCAUCAAUGAAGAGAAUGCAGAGUCCCUUUUGGAAGCUGGUGACAUGUUGGAAUUUCAAGACAUCCGGGACGCUUGUGCAGAAUUCUUAGAGAAGAACCUUCACCCCACUAACUGCCUUGGCAUGCUGCUUCUCUCAGAUGCUCACCAAUGUACUAAACUUUAUGAGCUCUCUUGGAGGAUGUGCCUUAGCAAUUUCCAGACCAUUAGCAAAAGUGAUGAUUUUCUUCAGCUCCCCAAAGACAUGGUUGUGCAGCUCCUGUCGAGUGAAGAAUUAGAGACCGAGGAUGAACGACUGGUCUAUGAGUCUGCCAUGAACUGGGUUAACUAUGAUCUCAAUAAACGGCACUGUUAUUUGCCUGAUCUACUGCAGACUGUGAGACUGGCUCUCUUGCCGGCCAUCUAUCUAAUGGAGAAUGUAGCUACUGAAGAGCUUAUCACCAAACAAAGGAAAAGUAAAGAGACUGUAGAAGAAGCUAUAAGGUGCAAGUUGAAGAUUUUGCAAAAUGAUGGUGUAGUCACUAGUUUGUGUGCAAGACCUCGUAAAACUGGCCAUGCCCUGUUUCUUCUGGGUGGACAAACCUUCAUGUGUGAUAAGCUCUACCUGGUGGACCAAAAAGCAAAAGAGAUCAUUCCAAAAGCAGACAUCCCAAGUCCAAGAAAAGAGUUCAGUGCAUGUGCUAUUGGCUGUAAAGUCUACAUCACUGGUGGCCGGGGAUCUGAAAACGGUGUCUCAAAAGAUGUUUGGGUGUAUGAUACACUUCAUGAAGAGUGGUCCAAAGCAGCUCCCAUGCUGGUAGCUCGAUUUGGUCAUGGUUCUGCAGAACUCAAACACUGCCUGUAUGUUGUGGGAGGGCACACAGCAGCCACUGGCUGUCUUCCAGCAUCUCCUUCAGUAUCCUUAAAGCAAGUAGAACAGUAUGACCCUGUGACCAAUAAAUGGACAAUGGUUGCUCCACUUCGGGAAGGAGUGAGCAAUGCAGCUGUAGUCAGUGCAAAGCUGAAGCUAUUUGCUUUUGGCGGUACUAGUGUCAGCCAUGAUAAGCUACCCAAAGUUCAGUGUUAUGACCUGUGUGAAAACAGGUGGACAGUACCAGCCACCUGCCCUCAGCCAUGGCGAUACACAGCUGCAGCAGUCCUGGGCAACCAGAUUUUUAUUAUGGGUGGAGAUACCGAAUUUUCUGCAUGCUCAGCUUAUAAAUUCAACAGUGAAACUUACCAGUGGACUAAAGUUGGAGAUGUGACAGCUAAGAGAAUGAGCUGCCAUGCAGUAGCAUCUGGGAACAAGCUGUAUGUUGUUGGAGGGUAUUUUGGUAUCCAGAGAUGCAAAACGUUAGAUUGCUAUGACCCUACACUAGAUGUAUGGAACAGCAUAACCACAGUGCCCUAUUCUCUCAUUCCUACUGCAUUUGUGAGCACAUGGAAGCAUCUCCCUUCAUAAGUGCAUGCAUGGCUUAUACAGUUUAUUCCAUUAUUUGGUGAAGAAGGUGGAACUUCAGUGUUGGAGAACUGGCUUUAAUGAAGAAAACAUUUUUUUUUGAGUUUGAAGAAAAUCUUCUGCACCUUCUGCAUUCUUAAAGCUGGUAAUGAAGGAAUGGAAGAAGACCCUUGUCUUCAGUAUAUCAGCACAUGGUUUAACUAUGAAUGAAUGAACUUCUGAUCUGGUCUCUGUGUUUGUAAUUGUGGAUUAAUGUCAAGUUCAAUCAGCCCAUCAAAGGGGGGGAGGGGGGAGGAGAAAAAUGGACGUCUUCUGAACUGCACAACACAGCACAACCCUCAAUUUUCAUGGACUUUACUAUUUUUUGUGUACAGAAUUUGAAAUGGUUGUCACCUCUCUUUGUGACAGUUUGAAGCGUCAGCAGCAGCUGCAUAGGAAAGUGGGCCAGGUCUGGAGCAUUAAGAUGUCUUUGUGAAUGAAGUUGCAGCUGUAUCCCUGCCACUGAGAUGAGCUUGUUUUCUUAGGCAUUGCCCAAAGCAUCAGUUGAAAUGGCAAAGCUGUAUUGUUGUUGCUGACGCGAGUAACUGUCUACUUGCUAAAGAGCAACACAACUUUAAAAAUGAGGGGGAAAGGGUUGCAGCCUUGAUAGGUGGAGGCAAAUAACUCCCUGCCCCCAGAAUAUUUGAUUUCCCGUUGUAUUUAUUAAUUACUACCACUGUUCUGCUUCAAAAUUACUUGUUGUAGAUAUAGCUAUUUAUUAUUCAGUGCUUGCAUGCCGAAACAAUGCCGACAGUUGUCUUUAGUUGUAAGUAAGGGCUUAUGUGAAUCAUAUGUUUUGCACAUUCUAUGGUCUCUGAUUUUGCUCUGCUGCACAAGAAAAAGGCUGAGUAAUCAGGGAGAGGAGUAGGAAGGAGGGGUCAGAAAAGGAAGGUUUGCAAGGCAGGGUCUUAGAUUACACGCCUACGAAAGGAAGAAGUCACAGAGGUCACUUUCUCAGGCCAUUGAUUCUCCAGGUGACGUGCGACGCAACUUGUUGAUAGUACGCUUUAUUUGCGGAGUCAUGUGUUUUUGAAUGAACUCAACUGAAAACAACCACAGUCACUUAACAGCUUUCUUUUUGUGCAGCUUCAACACUACUGGAAAUUGGGGGAGGGGGGAACCCUGGCAGACUUUCUGUGCACAGAGCUCUGUUUCCUGGCAUUAUUCAACAAUUGUUUUUAUUUAUUUAUUUAUUUUUGCAUAUGGGAUGUUUACCAUUGUCAUGGUUUAUCUGACCAAGGGGAACUUUCUGAUUAAAAAUAAGUAGGGAGAUAUUUUGUGUGUAGCUUUCUCUCCAUUUUUUUACAUUAACUGGAUAUAUUUUACUUCUAAAGAGUAUGUAUGUGUCCUUCUCUCCUCUCCUGUUAUAUUCAGAGGAAAAAGGCUGCUAAAUCAUCAAACAUUUGGAUGAUUUUGCAUAAAAUAAAAAGACCUUGAAAUACUUCGUACCUGUAAGUGUACCUGCUUAAAGAGAUUUCUAAAUGUACUCUCCCCUCCAAAUUAACUUUAAGUUGGUUGUGAUGACACACUUCAUAUUGAACCCGCAUGGUUUCUUUGCCAAAAAUUUAGUCUAAAAGCCUGUAUUGAUGUGUUCUAGGUCAUAAGCAUUAGUACAGUGCAGACUACAAAACUUCUGGGGGUUGUCAUGUCUUAAUGUUGCAGACACAAAAUUAUUUUGAGAUGCAUGCAUGCAUGUCUUAAAGUCACAAUGAUGAUGCCUGCCUUCAUCAUAAUCAGCUCCGCUCUUAACAGCACUUUUGCCACUUGAAAAAAAAACAUUAACAGUUCAGGAAUUUUGCCAUUGACUCAUUUUCCUGACUGUAUAGUUUCAUUUCUGGAAUAUUUUGUUAAUAAGAAAUAAAUGUUUCAAUUUUUUGAAUACUUGUGACUUUUAAAUAUGUUAGAUUAUUGAAGAAUUAUUCCCAUAGUUCAGGGGUUCUUAAACUUUGUAUGACAAACCACUGUUCCGAUUUGCAUGUUUUGAGGGACAAAAACAUUUUCUUCUGGUACAACUGUAACAAGAAAGGCUGCUUCAAAGCCUUCUAAAUUAACAACCCUCCUACACCCAGAUACAAAUGUACUGUGCACAUGGGCUGAAGUCAUGUACCCAGACAAUGGGUAGUAUGUUAGGUUUAUAGAUGUUCACGUCACUAACUUUUCAGAUAUUACAGGUAUGUGUACUGGAAGCCUCCAAACUACAUAUACAUCCUCCUGAUCCUCAGUUGCCAUGCUGUCUAAAGAGACACAGCACACGCUUUAUGUGACUUCAGUACAUACAAACUGACUACUGGAUUUUUCAUGGUUUCCAUGUACGGAAGCUGUAUACACGUGUAAAGUAUGUGCAUUGCUCUUAUUUAGACAGCAUGUAUGUCAAAAGUACCAUUGGUAGCAAGCGCUCCCAAUAUGUGCAGUUGUUUAGCUCUGAAAAUAUGUGGAUGUAAUGUCUGCAAAUGUUAUCACAUUUGAUCACCCAACAUUACUUUUCAGUUCUUACAAUGUUCAGUAAAGCUGCAUUAAAUGCAGAAGGGGUGAUGUUUUGAACUUGUUCCUUAUCUUUUUUUGUAAAAGACCCUUAGAAUUUUUUGUGUUGGUUUCAUUGUGAUUCUGUAGUCCAGAGUCUAAAAAUCAUUGCUUGGAGUUGGUUGUGAAAGGACUACCUCCAUACUACAAAUAUGAAAAUGAACAAUAUAGAAUACCAAUACAACAAUCUAUUAAUAUUUAUGAAAACCAAUCCACCUUGUUCCUGUAAAAUCUUGAAAGGGAGCCUUACAACCCAAUCUGGAGGGGGGGGAGGAGUUGUGGAGUCGCCAGGCCCUAUGCUGGUGGAUUUGCCCUCCCUGAGGCACUUACUCUUGCGAAAAGGCAAAUCUGCUAGCAAGCUCCUGAACCCCCGCCAGGUCUGCCACCAUAGCAAGUGCAUUCUGGAAGUGUAGCCGUGGUUGGAACUGACCUUGGUCAGCUUCCACCCUGGCUUUGUCUCCUGGGAUGCUAGCACCCAGAACAUGGAUUUAUACCACCCUUUUGGGUAGCAUAAGCCCAUUGAUAGUCACGUUGUCCUAUGUUGUCUCAGGGCUUUGGAUUGGGCUUAGAAUAUUAAAUUUGCAAAGUAUAUAGUAAAAUUUAAAUUCAGUUGAUAUAAAUUCUUCCACUGCAAAUCCUUGCUCUCCCCCAUUUGCAUUAUGAUUGUGCUUUGCCCUUUUGGACAGAUAGGUAACUGUAAAGGAACUGUCAAAUGUGUUUUGCUUUCACUUUGCACAGACAUGAAUGUCUCAAGGUGUUUGAGUAAAGGGUCUAAAAUCCUUUUUUUCCUUGUUGAGAGAAGUGACAAAAUUCUGUCUGCUGCAGCUUUCUGUAUAGCUGCUUAGCUUGUAACACGAGUCUUUUUUGUAAUACCAUCUGAUUUCCUAAAACAUCUGAAGUGACUGCAGUUGAAUUUCAAAGCAGUGGUUUGCUUUCAAGUCCUUGGAAUUAAUUCCUGGGUACGAGUUGAAGGAAACUGAAAAUCAGGGUGGGCCUCUAGCCCUGCAGGUGAAUAUUUUGGACUCCUGUUCUUUGACUUGAUGUGGGAAUUCUAGCUUACUAUUUGGCCAUUUGGGUCUAAAAAGCAGCCCACACUUCUGAGACAAAUGCAGUUCACACAAGAGUGCACACAAAAAAACUUGGCAUAAGACGAGAAAGUUCUUCGUAUUUUGUGGGCUGGUUGCUGUGGAAACAUGAAACAAAGGACAGCCUACCACUUCUGGUAUAAUUGUGUAGCCCCUUUUCUCUAGGCCUGACACCUGUCUGAAUAAGAGUGAUUAGAGCUGAAUGGUGCCCCUUGUCUCACAAUUGAAGAUGCGGUUCACGUACCCCAAAAAAGAAAAACCAUACAAGUGAAGAAGUAAAAUGUCUGUUUGUGUCUCUUUGUUUGCUUCUAUAUUUUGAUGUUUUGUAAAACUGCAUUUUUUUCCACAAUGUGAACUGAAGGUCAAUAAAUUAUUAGAAGUUUUCUCUUCAA